AUGGCCCAAGACUAUACCAAAGGUGGUCUACGUGCUCCAAGCAUAGAGACCAUGGCCAAAUCACUCAAACUGGCGUGGAUAUCGAGGUUCUUACAAAGUAUACCUGCGCAUGACGACGAAUCAUGGAAGGUCAUUCCCAACCACUUUUUCGAUAAAUUCGGUGGCUUGAACUUCCUGCUACGUAGUAAUUAUGACAAGGAUUUUCUUGAUAAAAUGUGUCUCCCUUACUUCUAUAAGUUGAUAUUACUACAUUUCUUAGAACUUAAAACUUCUUAUAAUACGCAGUUUUGCAGGUUUGUAUUAUUCAACAAUAAAGAUAUUUUAAUUGGCGGACGUUCAUUCUUUUAUAGAAGUUGGAUGAAUAAAAAUGUCUUUCUCGUUCAAGAUCUCUUAGGAGAUGAUGGUAAGGUACUUUCUUACUCGGAAUUUUUUAGGAAAUUUCAACUGAACGGUAAUUUCUUACAAUACAUGUAA